AUGGCACCUAUCGACAGCUCCGUGGAACUCAAGGAUGACACCGUCAUCGUCGUCCUGGGUGCCUCUGGUGACCUUGCGAAGAAGAAGACAUUCCCUGCUCUGUUCGGUCUGUACCGAAACAAAUUCCUCCCCAAGGAUAUCAAGAUUGUAGGAUAUGCCCGUACCAAGAUGGACCACGCCGAGUACUUGCGACGAGUAAAGUCCUACAUCAAGGUCCCCACCAAGGAAAUGGAAGAGCAGCUCGAGAGUUUCUGCAACCUUUGUACAUAUAUCUCCGGUCAAUACGACCAGGACGAGUCAUUCAUCAACCUCAACAAGCACCUCCAAGAGAUCGAAAAAGGACACAAGGAACAGAACCGCAUUUUCUACAUGGCUCUCCCCCCUAGUGUUUUUAUCACCGUUUCAGAUCAGCUGAAGCGAAACUGCUACCCCAAGGACGGCAUUGCGCGGAUUAUUGUUGAAAAACCAUUUGGCAAGGAUCUCGGAAGCUCGCGGGAAUUGCAGAAGGCCUUGGAGCCCAACUGGAAGGAGGAUGAAAUCUUCCGUAUUGAUCAUUAUUUGGGCAAGGAGAUGGUUAAAAACAUCCUUAUUCUCCGAUUCGGCAACGAGUUCUUUGGUGCCACCUGGAACCGUCACCACAUUGAUAACGUUCAGAUUACUUUCAAAGAGCCUUUCGGUACGGAAGGUCGUGGCGGUUAUUUCGACGAGUUUGGCAUCAUCCGUGAUGUUAUGCAGAACCAUCUCCUCCAGGUGUUGACUCUUCUCGCCAUGGAGCGCCCCAUCUCAUUCUCCGCCGAAGAUAUCCGUGACGAAAAGGUGCGUGUCUUGAGAGGAAUAGAUGCCAUCGAGCCCAAGAACGUCAUCAUCGGUCAAUACGGCCGCUCCCUCGACGGCAGCAAGCCCGCAUACAAGGAAGACGACACUGUCCCUAAAGACUCGCGAUGCGCUACUUUCUGUGCUAUGGUCGCAUUUAUUAAGAACGAGCGAUGGGACGGUGUGCCUUUUAUCUUGAAGGCCGGAAAGGCCCUCAACGAGCAAAAGACCGAAGUCCGUAUCCAAUUCAAGGAUGUCACUUCUGGAAUCUUCAAGGACAUCCCCCGAAACGAGCUUGUUAUCCGAGUCCAGCCCAACGAGUCUGUUUACAUCAAGAUGAAUUCCAAGCUUCCUGGUCUUUCCAUGCAGACUGUCGUCACCGAGCUUGACCUUACCUACCGCCGCCGCUUCUCUGACCUGAAGAUUCCUGAGGCUUACGAAUCUCUUAUCCUUGAUGCUCUCAAGGGUGACCAUUCCAACUUUGUCCGUGACGAUGAGCUCGAUGCUAGCUGGAGAAUUUUCACCCCUCUUUUGCACUACCUCGACGACAACAAAGAGAUCAUUCCUAUGGAGUACCCAUACGGCUCCCGAGGACCUGCAGUUUUGGAUGACUUUACCUCGUCCUUCGGAUACCAAUUCAGUGACGCUGCCGGCUACCAAUGGCCUCUCCACUCUGCCGCACCCAAUCGGUUGUAG